AUGGCGUCUUAUAUAAAGGAUAUUAAGAAAGAAAACACGACAAAUACAACAAGUGGUGAUAAGGAAAAUAUAAUUGUUGCUGGAGGUUGUGGAGUUGAAUCUGUUGAGAUAUUUAACUGGCGUCAAAGAACAUGGUCGCCAUUACAAUCUCUUCCUGAGGUGCAUCUCGGAGCGACUUCAUUUGUUUAUAACAAUCAUGUGACAAUUGCUUCAGGUUGCUUUUAUCACGACAUCGAUGAUAUGAUUCGAAUGAAUAUUAACCCAAACCCUGAUCUCUCAAUGCACUGGAGUCGCUGUCCUGUUAAACUACCUACCAAGUUGAUAAGUCACAGCAGUGUGCUGUAUAAUGAUCACUUGAUAAUCACUGGUGGUCAUAGUCGAAAUUCAGGUGGUGUAUUGGAGUGCAUUUAUGAAGUCGAGGUUGUUCCUCCUUAUACUGUGAAGACCUUAUCACGAAUGCCAGAACCAAGACGGCUUCACAGCACGCAAUUAUUUGAUGAUAACUUGUUCAUCGUUGGUGGAAUAACGACCCACGAAUACCAAGACAACCUCAGCAGUGUCUUACUGUAUGAUAUAAAGAAGAAUCGAUUUAAACAGAUGACACCACUGCCGUAUGAAGUGAGCGAGAUGGCAACUGUGAGAUGGGGAGACAACAUCGUUGUUUUAGGUGGCGCUGACAAACGUGGCAAAGGAUUAGAUACAGUUAUCAUUUACAAUGUCAAGACUGGACAAAGUGACAUGUUACCAUCAAUGAGAUGUAAAAGACAGGGAUGCGCUGCAGUUGUUAUUGGAAACAACAUUGUAGUAAUGGGAGGGAAGAGUAAGCGACUACCUGACUUAAAUUCAGUUGAAGCUUUCAACUUUGAAAGCUAUACUUGGCAAGAACUUCCAGAAAUGUCUGAAGGACGAUAUUUGCACACUGCUGUUGUUGUGUGA